AUGGCAACAUCUUUGCGUUCUGUUUCAUGCAUUAAGCCUUUAGGAUGUCGUGUAUUAGUUCAGCGACUUAAAGCUGAGCAAAAAACGGUAUCAGGUAUUUUUUUACCAGAAAAGUCUUUAGAAAAAUUAUCAGAAGGUAAAGUAGUUGCUGUUGGCUCAGGAAAUCUUGAUAAAGACGGAAAAUCUAUUCAACCAACUGUUUCGGUAGGAGAUAGAGUUAUUCUUCCUGCAUAUGGUGGAAGCAGUGUUAAAGUUGGAGAAGAGGAGUAUAGCUUUUAUUCUACUAGUGAAAUAUUGGCAAUUGUAUCCGAAUAG